AUGCCGUCUCCGACGAAGGGUCGAGCAUCAAGGCCCCGCGGCUCGGAGGAGGAAUUCGUCCUCUUCCUCCAGGGGAUCCCAGCGCAUUGUCGCUGGCAGGAACUCAAGGAUCUGGUGCGCCAGACGGCCCUACACAUUCGCCAGGCCGUCGUCUACGACGACCACCACGGCUUUCCCACGGGGCUGGGCCAGAUCAUCGUAAAGAACGAGGACGAAGCCUGGCGGACCUACCACCGUCUCUCCACCAACGGCUGGGAAGGCCAGAGUCUCGUCGUUACGCUGGCUCGCACCAGCGCUCCCACCUGUCCCAUCGCCGGUCCAACCAAAAGCCCUACACCCUGCGUCGUCUCGCCAACCUACGUCGCCAACUACUCCACGCCGCCCCAGGUGCCGCAGUCUAUGGCCGUACCGCCGUCGCCCAUCUCCCCAGAACCCGUCAUCCCCUCCAGCACCACCUACCACGGCCCCGAAUACGGCCCCCUACUGAGCCCCAUGGGCCUACCCCAGGCCUUCAUCCCCGUCUUCCCCGACCCGCUCGUCUGCCAGAUCCCUCCCAGCGCAGGCACAACCACGCCCGCACCCCCCAGCCCCAUGUACGCUCCCUACGCCAUGGGCAUGUACCACCACCCACGUCGCGCCCACCACCCAAAGUCCACAUACACCUACUACGCAGCUCCCCUGCCCUACGCCCCAGCUGCAACAACAACAACAACAACAGCAGCGUCCGCCACCCGCCCGCCCCACCGCCGCACCCUCUUCAUCCAGAACCUCAGCCCCGCCACCACGCCCAGGGCCCUGCGCAGCCUGCUCUCCGACGCCGGCACCAUCGACCACUGCGAGAUGCCCGCCGACCGCGACUCCGCCCGCUGCAAGGGCUUUGCGCGCGUGAGCUUCCGCACCGGCGACGAGGCCAAGCGCGCCGUCGCCCUCUUCAACAACGCCGUGUUUCUGGGCUCGAAGAUCCGCGUCAAGAUCGACCGUAGUAUCCAGGUUGCGUAUACGCCGGCCGUUGGCGGGCCGCCCCAGGAGGGCGCACCGGUGCAUACGCCGCCGUUGUCGGGGGCGGCGAGUGCUGCGUCUUCGGAUGUGGAGGACGCGCGCGCGAGUCGGCCGUCGUUGCCGAAGAAGAAGCCCGUGGAUCGGUGCGGGCCGUUGGUUGUCAAUGGGUCGGGGGUUGGGCCGAGGGCGGUGGUGACUUGA